UGCUGAGGCUUGACGCAUUCCCAGGGCAGCGUGAUGCAAUGCGCUGCAAUCGGAAAGGGCAGAAGCCUCCUGUGAAACAGCGGGGUCAGGACGGGCUGGCCAGACAGCAGCUCCCAGAGAGGGACCUGAGGAUUUUGGGGGAUUGCAAGUAGCCCAUAACGCACUAGCGUCCUUCCAGUUGUCCAACAUCACAGACCUUUUCUGGGAACAUCUCGAUCCCUUAUCAGCCAUGUGGAACAGCGGUAGCGAGCACUUGCCUGCGUGUCCCACUACGAUACUUCCCUGGGGCAUCACCAGCCUCUGCAACUGCCCAGCGCACAGACGGAGCCAGGAGCUGUUGCUGAAGGUGACCACAGGCCUUCCUCGCUGUGACCAUCAUCUCCUGCAGAUCUGCCACUACUGUCCUCAUCUUUGCUCAGAUCUGCGUGGUGCUCUUUCGGGUGUCCAGGUGCUCCAGGUGUGGCCUGCAGCUGCUGAACCCUCCCAGUGGCGUCCCUGCCAUCCUUCCUCGAGCUGCAGAGUUGUGAGAGCCACCCACCACAGACCCCACCCCACCACGGGCUACUCAGCCACUGGUGGCAGGAGUCCCUGCACCGCAGGGAUCGAGAGUCCAAGCCAAGGCUCUAUUGACAAACAGGAGAAAAUUCCUGACCAGACGAGAGGAGACAGGAGUCUGCAUCAUGACCCAGUCCUGGGCACACGGCUGGGGGUGCGGUUACUUCCCGGACGGGCCGAGACCUGCAGCUUUGCUGACCUUCAGCCCACCUUGGUGCAGGUCCAGGACAGAAACGCUGAUGGACAAGAGGAAGGCAUGCGGGGCUGUGGGGCGCAGGGCAGCACCAGCAGUGGGGGGACAACCCUGGGGAGACUGUUGAAGGGAACUUUUUCCUGUGAGGGCUGAUGUCUCUCUCCCUCCCUUCUGCGUGCACAGCAGAGGGGCUCAGGAAGAAAUUUUUUUAGGGUGAGGGUGGCAAGGCACAGGAACAGGUUACCCAGAGAAGUUGUGGAUGCCCUGUGGUUGGAAAGGGCUUUGAGCUACCUGUUCUAGUGGAAGAUGUCCCUGUACAUAGCAGGGGAUUGGACUGUGUGGUCUCUGAAGGUCCCUUCCAAGCCAAACU